AUGAGGUGCAGUAUAAACCGAUCAAGGAAGCCCCCACCGCGAAACUGAAGCACGGGCUAUACUACUACAUUACGCAGAAGUGAUGGACCGGGAGGGUGUGUACAGCGGUUCUCUUGCCACGUCUGCAUCCUGGAGCACCCAAAGCCCCUCUCUGUCCAGCCUAGUGCUAUCAGACCUGGACCAGGGCUUUGUCCAGCUGCAGGACCACAGUGCAUCUGCCUCCUCCACACUGGACCUUCAGCUGAGCAGCAGAGGGAGCAAGGCAUCGCGCUCUGAAAUCGUCAACGAGUUCACAGAGAGGCUGGGAGAGGCUGAGGGGGGUGCCUGGAGCCUGUCCUCCCUCUGCCAAUCACCCAACAUCUUGCUGCUUCCUUCCCAUAGGCUUCACAAUCUCUCCCUCCUAGCCUUGGAGCAUGACCACAAGUUUGUGGGACCCCACUCUCUGGAUAGCAAGGCCUCCACCCCAUGCCAGGGAGAGCACCCCCAAAGUUCCUCCACGGAGAGCUCUGCAGAUCUCUCCUGCGUGGACCUCUCAGCCCUGCCACUAGCCUCCCAGCCCUUGUGGGAAGUCUCUUUGAUCCAGCAUUCCCAGGAUCCUUGCUCCCCCUUGGAGUCGACCCAGCAUGAGAUGCCAGAGAUCUUGGGGGAUGCACCAGAAAAUGCGUCCUGGAGUCCUGGGGUAAAGACCACACCCUCCUCCUUUGCUGAAAGCCUGUCCCUGCACUGGGCCGGCAUGAAGCAUCAAGUGAAUGAUGGUGGUUUGCGCUUCAGUUAUGAGAACCAGCAAUCCUGGAAGGAGAUGAUGGCACUGGGCUGCCACAUCCGACCUUUCACCUUCUCCCAGGCCUCCCCUCUCCCAGCUGGCUUGUACCCCUGCUCUGAACGGAAUGCUUCUGGCCUCAGUAAAUGAGACUCAAAUGAUUUUUGCUGUCAUGCAGGUUGGUGGUUGUAAUACAACUUUAAGGCAUGCCCUAAAGAGAUGUACAGUACUUCUAUCUGUUAUGGAUGGAAUUGCAAGGACCAUUCUCUUUUGCCCCUUUUUUUCACAUGGGCUGUGGACAUUGAUGUUUUCCAUGAUUCAGGAUCACUGAAUGGAUCAGAGCGCUGAAGAGACUGACUAAUCUGAAGAGUACUAUGGUACCUAAUAUGAGCAUCCAGGUUAUAAAGUCCUCGGAUGACAACUUUUUGUUUGUUUUUUAAUAAAUAUAUAUUUUGUGUGAAAUACAUGUUUUGAAAUAAAAUAGUGUUAACUUCC